AUGGGCCGAUACAAUAGCUUCAUCCUCAAGGACAAGAAGUUCCAGCGCGGAGACUUCGUUCUAGUUGCCAACGAAACGACUCGAGAGAGAACGAAUAAUGCCCGAAGCUCGAAGCAGAUGACCGGCGAAUCGAGCCGCUUUUGGAUCGCCUACAUCCUAGAAAUCAGAGCUGCUAAUGAGAAUAGGGUGUUUGCUCGGGUUUACUAG